AUGGGAUUCCCAUCGACGAUGGCGGAAGGCGCAGCCAAAUUGCUCGCUAAGCAGCAACAGCUACAGCGGAUCAUCGAGAGGGCGGUGGACAACUUCAAGAAGAUCGGCCGCAACAAUCUGACGGCGGCCAAAAUACAUUCUCGGAUUUCUUCGCUGAAGGAGUCCUGGAUUCUCUACCUGAAUGGCCAUGCGGACUUGGAGAGGGCCGUCAGCGAGGCGGACCAGAGGACGAUCGCAUAUUUCAAGGACAACUGUUUCGAGCCGACGGAGGAGACUUACCAGGAAGCACUGGACUACAUGACGGAGGCGCUUGAAGAAAUCGAUCCACCUGUAAGUCUCGAUCAAUCGGCUUGUUCAACGACACGCGCGUCGGCGUCGGAAUUUCCGCGGUCUCAGAUGCCGGCGAUAAGUCUCCCGCCGUUCGACGGAAGCUACGAUAAAUGGGAGCACUUUCGGGACCGAUUUACUUCGUUAAUAAUUCACAAUAAAGAUUUGCGUAAUUUUGCGCGCAUGCAGUAUCUCGCUUCGAGUGUGACCGGUAGCGCGCUGGAUUGUAUUUGCGAUCUCAAAGUUACGGCCGAGAACUUCGACGUCGCGUGGAAAGCUUUGGAGGACCGAUUCGAGAAUAAACGGCGACUGCUCGGCGUGCAUUUGUCCGCGUUGUUGAAUUUGCCCAUCGUUCCUCGCGAGUCUGCGAAUGAUUUGAGAACGCUUGUGAAUAAGGCGAGCCUCGCGGUCGCGUCUCUCAAUAACUUGCAACGGACCUCUGCAGAGUUGUGGCACGACAUGCUGGUGCAUUUGGUCGUGCAACGUGUCGAUUCGGCCACGCGAAAGGCGUGGAAUGUGAAAGCCAACGAAAGUGACGCUAUUCCGUCGUUUGACACCUUCAUUAAAUUCAUGAAAAAUCGUGCCCUCGCGCUCGAGGAUUUCGCGCAGCCUAACGGUGGUCCGUCGACGCCUAAUGCGUCCGGUCAAGCGAAAUCUCGCAAGGUUCACGCGUCGACCGCGUCCGCUUCCGCACCUGCGUCCGCGUCUCCGUCCGCGGACGCAGCCAGCGCGAAAUCGUCGUCAUGCCCUAUAUGUAAGGGCCGUCAUUUCUUUCGCUCUUGCCCUUCCUUCGUAGAGGGGAGUCCGAGCCAGCGACUCGAGGCCGCCCGGCAGCAUAAGCGAUGCCUUAAUUGCUUGGCUCACGGUCAUAUUAGUAAAAACUGCAACAGCAAGUAUACUUGCCGUACUUGCUCCCAAAAGCAUCAUACUAUGCUGCAUGGCGGGUGGAGUCCUGGCACAACCUCUCCGGGUGUCGCGUCGACGACGCACCUCGCGGCGGCGACGUCCGGCGCUCCGCCGUCGGUCGAGGCUAGCACGGAGAUUCAAUCAUUAUCCGCGUCGCUGACGGCCCAGCCAGGACCGUCUCACAUUUUGUUGGCUACGGCGUGGAUCGCGGUACACGGGGCGUGCGGGCGCUCCCUUCGGGUGCGCGCGUUGCUGGAUCAAGGUUCCGAGAUGACCUUCAUCUCGGAAAAUCUGGCGCAAAAUUUACGAUUGAAACGAAUACGAAUGCCCGUCACGGUCUCGGCAAUCGGCGGCGUGAGCGCCGGGACUUAUCCUCACGCUAGUGCCAUUGAGGUAGCGGCAAUUGAUUCGCGCGCGGCCGCCGUCUCCACGACCGCGGUAAUUCUACCGACUCUUACAAAGUACGUUCCCCGUCGCGUCGCGGCGGCCUCGUCCCUCGAGCAUCUGCGAGAUUUACGUUGGGCGGAUCCGGAUCCGACGAGUGCGGAUCCGAUUCAGAUAAUUCUGGGCGCGGAUGUCUUUAGUGACAUUCUUCUUGAGGGAGUCCGAAAGGGCGACCGGGCGGGCGAGCCUAUCGCGCAGUGUACCAUUUUCGGCUGGGUCAUUUCAGGCCCUAUUGGCCCUAUUUCUAACGGUACGGAGGCUCUUCGAGCUUCCUCUCAAAUUUCAGUUCAUCACUGUGCAUAUACGUCCUCACUGGACGAGGAUCUCAAAAGAUUCUGGGAGGUAGAAGAGCCUCCAACCCGAUCCUCGCGCUCAGCUGAGGACGAAGAAUGCGAGAGGCAUUUUCGCGAAACGCAUGCGCGGGCGGACGAUGGCCGGUAUAUCGUGCGUCUGCCGUUCAAAAAGGGCCCGCCGAUCGACAUCGGCGAUUCUCGCGGCCGAGCAAACGCGCUUCUUGCAUCCUUGGUACGUCGGUUGCAGCGUAACCCGGGGAUUGCAGCCGACUACCGCAAUUUCAUGGCGGAAUACGAGCGUCUUGGCCACAUGCGGAGGGCGCCCGUCUCCUCAGGUCCGCAGGACACCCACGUCUUCAUACCGCAUCACCCUGUACUUCGAGAGGACAGUGCCACGACCCGUUUACGCGUCGUGUUCAACGCAUCCAGCGUCACCUCAAACGGUACUAGCUUAAAUGACCAUUUGCAUUCAGGGCCGAAACUGCAAGCAGAGUUGCCCGCUGUCCUGUUGCGGUGGCGCGAAUUUCACUACGUCUGUUCAGCCGACAUCAGCAAAAUGUUUAGGCAAAUUUUAGUAGAUCCGCGGGAUAGAAAUUAUCAAAAAAUUCUUUGGCCCUCUUCUAACGCUGCUGCAACGGAAUAUCAGUUAUGUACGGUUACAUACGGGACGGCUAGUGCACCCUACUUAGCUCUUCGUGUAUUGCAGCAACUUGCGGAUGACGACGGGCCUAAGUUUCCGGCCGCCGCGCAUAUUCUCAGACAAAACAUCUACGUCGAUGACGUGCUGUUCGGGCACGACGAUGUGACUGCUCUUCGGCAGCACCGAAAUCAAUUGGUUGAACUGCUGCUUCGCGGGGGUUUCGAGUUACGGAACAAGACGCUGGCGCCGGAUGAAAAACUAAAAAUACUCGGAAUUGGUUGGAGUCCUUCGCCCGAUGUGUUUCAAUUCCGGGUGGCCAUCGAGCACCCUGUGCCAACCAGCAAGCGCUCAAUCCUCUCUGCUAUCGCCAAAUUAUACGAUCCUCUUGGGUGGGUCACCCCAGUGACCAUUGCGGCGAAAAUUCUGAUACAGCAACUUUGGAAACUUAAGCUCACGUGGGACGAAGUCGUGCCUUCCUCCACCCUCAGUCGCUGGACUCAAAUCUACUCUAGGUUGCCCUGUCUCGCUGCGCUUCAAAUACCGCGGUGGACGGAUCUCGGUGCCGACGUGAACCAGGCUGAACUGCAUGGUUUCGCGGACGCGUCUAACGCGGCGUAUGCCGCCGUCGUAUAUCUCAGGGUUACUUCAAGGACAGGCGCAGUGACAAUCUCCUUAAUUACGGGCAAAUCCAGGGUUGCUCCUUUGAGGACCCUCAGUGUGCCUCGGCUGGAGCUCGCGGCCGUCGUUUUGUUGGCUAACCUCGUCGAGUUUGUUCGAGAUUCGCUUAGGUUCGAUACGAUUUCAUGUCAUUGUUGGACUGACUCGACGAUCGUCCUUGCGUGGCUCGCGCAGAGCCCCGAUCGGUGGAAAACCUUUGUGGCCAACCGCGUGGCCGAUGUUCAAGCUCGCCUUCCCAAUGUAAAAUGGCGCCACGUGGCUACACACGAGAAUCCUGCCGACUGUGCUUCGCGAGGAUUGCUCGGGGACGAGGCCCUCGCCCACCAGCUGUGGUGGCAGGGUCCGUCAUGGUUGCGGUUGCCUGCGGAAGAGUGGCCGACUGGCACUCCGGAUCUCCCCGCGACUGCGCCGCUCGAGGAAAAGGUCGUCGCGUUGCACGUCCAGACCGCAACCGAUCGGUUCGAUGUUGCGUCGCGUUACUCGUCGUGGCCAAGAUUGAUUCGGGUUACUGCAUAUUUAUUCAGGUUUAUUGCGCGGUGUCGACGCGCCGUGCAGGAGGCGAGCCGGGGCCCGCGUGAGGGACGGGUGGUGCGAGCCGCCAGUAAGGCUAAUCUCGAGGGCCGCGCCCUUGACGCGUCCGAAUGUCGCGCAACCGAAAAAUUCUGGAUCAAGCGGAUCCAAGCUGAGGUCUUUCGGGCCGAAAUCUCGGCGAUCUUGAAUCAUCGCGAAAUCUCUAGUAAAAGCCCUCUUCUUUCGUUGAGACCGUUCAUCGAUCACGAGGGCGUACUCCGCGUCGGCGGGCGGCUAAAAAACGCGCCCGUUCCCUUCAAUGUACGGCAUCCGAUUGUGAUCGCUUCGCACGGACUCGUGCGACUCUUGAUCGAGCACACUCACAAGCGCAUGCUGCAUUCGGGCUUGCAGUUAACUUUGAGUCAACUCCGCCGAGAUUUCUGGCUGGUCGGGGCGCGCCGUCUGGUAAAAUCGGUUAUACAUAAGUGCGUGGUCUGUGCUCGGGAGCGCGCCGCGAUCCCCUCCCAGCUUAUGGGCAACCUGCCGGCGGUACGCGUCACCGCUGCGUCUCGUAGCUUUUUACAUUGUGGAUUGGAUUAUGCCGGCCCGGUUUUUGUUCGCGCCUCGUCAGGGAGAGGAGUCACCUCUCGCAAGGCAUACAUAGCGCUAUUCGUAUGCUUAGCUACUAGAGCAAUUCACUUGGAAUUAGUCUGCGACUAUUCUACCCCUGCCUUCCUCAACGCGUUUUCACGCUUUACUUGUCGGCGCGGGCUUCCAGAGGCGAUGUAUUCAGACAACGGUACAACGUUCACCGGAGCCGAUCGCGAGUUGGCUGGUGCUUAUCGCCAAGCAAUGCGAGAUCCCGCGGUGCAAAAUAAAAUUGCCACGGAUAAAGUAGCCUGGCACUUUAUCCCCCCCUCAGCUCCGCAUUUCGGGGGCAUCUGGGAGGCCGGUGUCCGCAGUGUAAAACACCAUUUGCGUCGCGUCCUCGGUUCUCAUAAGCUAACUUACGAAGAGUUUACGACUCUAUUAUGCAGGAUUGAAGCCUGUUUAAAUUCGCGCCCUAUUGCUCCUCUGUCGGACGUUCUCGAGGAUUAUGAGGUCUUGACGCCGGGUCAUUUCCUCAUCGGUGCCGCGAUUACCAGUAAUCCGGAGCCUUCCCUCCUCGAUUUGAACGAAGACCGACUAUCGCGGUGGCAAAUUGUCCGGCAUGUAACGGAACGUUUCUGGAAGCUUUGGCAGGCCGAUUAUAUAAACACCUUGCAACAGCGGGGUAAGUGGCGUCGAACCCACCCUCCGGUCAAAAUCGGUCAGAUCGUGCUCUUGAAGAACCCGGCGCUGCCCCCUUGCAAGUGGGAGCUCGGUAGGGUGACGCAGGUGCAUCCUGGAUCAGACAACCUGACGCGCGUUGUGACGGUCAAAACCGCCUCGUCAGAGUACAGACGACCGAUUGUCAAACUUUUGUCUCCUGCCGGUUCAUUGCGCCGCGAAUGA